AUGUCCAAAACUUCGAUCACCGCCGCUGCCACCACCGCGACAUCCAUCCCCGGCGCAAAACAACCACAACCCUCCGUCAUCCCCGUCAGCAGCGAAGAAUCCACAACCGCCGAGAAAACAUCCAAUGAAUCCGACGUCCUCAUAAUCGGCGCCGGCGUGGCUGGGUGCGCUCUAGCAGUCGCGCUAGGCAAACAGGGUCGAAAAGUCACAUUACUCGAACGAUCGCUCAAAGAACCCGAUCGUAUUGUGGGCGAAUUACUACAGCCGGGUGGUGUGCAGGCGCUUGAACAAUUGGGUCUUUUGGAUUGUUUGGAGGGCAUUGAUGCGAUUGAAGUUGAUGGAUACGAUGUGAUUUUCCACGGCACCGAGGUCGAGAUUCCAUACCCUGCAGAUAAAGCCACGGGAGUUAUUCCGCAGGGUCGGAGUUUCCAUCAUGGUCGAUUUAUUAUGAAGUUACGAGAAGCUGCUAGGGAGACGCCGAAUGUGACAAUUGUCGAAGCAACAGCCACAAACUUGGUCAAGUCUCAUUCAGAUGUUAUCGGGGCGGAGGCGACAGUGGAUGGGAGGCCGGAUCUUUUCCUUGCCCCAUUGACCAUUGUCGCGGAUGGAUAUGCCUCCAAAUUCCGCAAGGAUUACCACAUACACACACCGGAGAUCAAGUCGAAGUUCUGGGGGUUGGAGUUGAUUGACGCCGAACUCCCCAUGCCGUUGCAUGGGCAUGUAUUUAUCGGCGACGGACCUCCCGUUCUCAUGUAUCAGAUUGGCACACACGAAACCCGCGCCUUGAUCGAUAUUCCGAACAACCUGCCAUCAGCCUCCGUCGAAAAUGGCGGUGUAAAAGGACACAUGAAGAACGUGGUUCUUCCAUCUCUCCCCAAACCCGUCCAACCAAGUUUCCUCGCUGCUAUUGAAAAGGGCCGCUUACGAUCAAUGCCCAACUCAUUCCUGCCUUCAACAACCAAUAAAACUCGCGGAUUGAUUAUCAUCGGCGAUGCAUCGAAUAUGCGCCAUCCGUUGACGGGCGGUGGUAUGACGGUCGCACUCAGCGAUGUCGUUGUGCUACGAGAUCUACUCAGUCCCGAGAAGGUGCCCACAUUCAAAGAUACGCCUUUAGUAACCAAGACUAUGAGGACGUUUCACUGGAAGAGAAAAAACACCGCUUCAACCAUCAACAUCCUAGCGCAAGCAUUAUACUCCUUAUUUGCCGCAAAUGAUCCAUAUCUUAGAAUCCUCCAGCGCGGCUGCUUCCGCUACUUUGAAAUGGGCAUGAUCGAAGCACCCUGUGGUAUGCUAGCAGGCCUCAUCAAACAGCCCUCCGUCCUAAUCCGACACUUCUUCGCGGUCGCUUUCCUGUCGAUAUGGAUGAAUUACACCGAGAAGCCGUUCUAUCUGUGGCCCUAUGCUUUCUAUCAGGGCUGUAGGGUGCUGUGGACGGCGUGUAAAGUUAUUAUGCCUUAUGUGUUUGCGGAGUUGAAGCGGUAA